CCAAAGCGGGACUUUAAGGGUGGAUCCAGUGGCGGUGGCUGCGCUCCGUCCGCAAAAGCAGCGAGGCAGGAUUCGUCCCGGGGGAGGCGGCGUGUGACGCACCAACGCGGCUCUGGUGUCUGCAGUAACGUGGCUGGCGAGCGCUCUCUUCGCCUCGUUUUCCGACUCCCGCCGGGGCAAGGGCGGUUCGGGAUCGUUCCUCGCUGCGGAUGGGGUUUGUUCUCGACGGGGUUGCCUCCCUGUGAAAAUCUGGGACUGAAGUGGCCUCUGUGGAUGGCGUUCGCUUCUUCCUGCAUUGGGGCGAUGGAAAACUUCCUCGAAUCGAAUAGAGCCCUCGUUUAACAGCACAAAGUUGUAAGAACUGCUUGACUCCCAGGCUCUGACACAAGCCAGAUGGCUGCGAUUGGUAGGCGCACAGGCUCCUUGGUACUACAGUUGAUGAAACAGAAUAGGAAGACGUUUUAUGAUCAGCUGCGGGAGCACAGUAAGACUGCAGCUUUGCUAGGGUCAUGUAGGGAUAAAAAGACCUGUAAGGUGCUCUUCUCCCAACAGGAGUUGAAGAAGCGGCUGACGCCCUUGCAGUACCAUGUUACUCAGGAAAAAGGGACUGAAAGUGCCUUUGAGGGAGAAUACACACAUCACAAAGCUCAAGGAGUAUACAAAUGUGUGGUUUGCGGAACUCCUUUGUUCAAAUCAGAGACAAAGUUUGACUCCGGUUCAGGCUGGCCUUCAUUUUAUGAUGUGAUUGCUUCCGACACAAUUACAUUCACUGAUGACUACUCCUUUGGGAUGCACAGAGUUGAGACAAGCUGCAGUCAGUGUGGUGCUCAUCUUGGACAUAUAUUUGAUGAUGGGCCUCGUCCAACUGGCAAACGAUAUUGCAUAAACUCCGCUUCAUUGUCUUUUGAAUCUACAGACAUGAACCAGUCUGGAGAGGGAAGCAUUGGCUCUACUGCUGCACAAGCAGAUAAGACCGAGCUGUAGAAGGAAGUCAUUUCUCAGAAAGCUCAUGUUACUAGAUGAAGAAUGUUAUUCUAAAUCACCUUCGAUCCUAUAACAUUUUUUUAAAGAAUUGUAAAGAUAUUCUGCACUGUCAGCAUUUUUUCUUGAAUCAAAAUGGGGCCUUAUGUGCCAAUGUAUUUUUGUUAUAUUAUCACAUCUAAAUAAUUGUGAAUUCCUGACCUUUGGAAGAAUCUCACAACAAAAGAGACUUGGGCAUUGUGGAUUGCUGCCUUCCUACAGCUUUGUUACAGAAGGUGCAAAUAAAAUGCUCCUAUUUUGUGAAGGAGGAGGAAAUACAGUUUUCUACAGUUAAUGCAGACUGCAGUACAAAACAGCAUUCUGAUAUUUUUGCGCUUUACUGAUUUAUUCUGAUUUACAACCCUGUGGGCAUGUAUAUUCAAUUAUCUGGCAAACAACCAUGUCCUUGAUUGAUCAAUUAUAUGCAGUCUAUCCUUUGGCUGAGAUUUCUGCCAACAUCCAAAACAGCUAAUAGCUGUGAUUUAUUACCUACUGGCAGGACUAAAUUCUGUCACUUAGGGCCCAUUAUAGCAGAUAGCAGGCUUUUGCCUUUUUUUUGUGUGACUUUGUGCUUUUCUGUUAGUUUAAAUUAUAAUCAAAAUUUAAAUGAAUACAAAUUUAUAAAGGGAAAAGCAGGUUGACCUUGUAGAGCCAAAUCUUCCAGAAGAAGUAGGGCAACCCCUAGUGGGGCAUUUGUUUUAUUGUGCCCCUAAUAAGGGUCAUGCAAUAAAUAAAUAAUAAUAUUCAGAGCAGCCAAAGAUGAUUUGCAGGAUAUUCUGUAUUAGCUUUUUGUGUAGGUGGGUUGCAAAUUGUAAUCAGAAGUGCAAUAAUGAAGACAUCAGUUGUUGCAGAAAGCAACUGAUGUCAUCUAUAUUGCACCUCUGAUUCCAGUUUAUCUUGGGAAAGUUGGUAUGUCAUUAAAGAAGUACUGACUUAUUAAGAAUGCUGUUUUCCUUUCCAUCAAGCCAUGGCCAGUGUGCCAUUUGAAGCAUCUUGCUACUCUACCUGCUCAUAUACAAGUCUGCAACAGAGAAAGCAAUGAGGUUCUUGAAAGACAAUAAUUUAGCCUCUCCUAUUUAAUUAUUUUUGAGUUUCUGUGUGUGCAUGGCUCUCAUCUUGUACACUCUAUUGUAGAAAGCAAUAUCUGUAGAGAUAUGGAGAUACACAAUCAACCUACUUUAAUUUAAAACAUAUCCAUAUUAUAGUUGGAUGCAAAAUGAAAUGAAAACAAUUAUGCAAGGAAAUGACUGUUUUUGUGCUGAAAUAUGCUUUUUACAUUGCAACAGGAUAGGUACAACUGCUCUGAGCAAUUUGCCUUUAAGAAGUGUAAUUGGUUAGAGCUGGCAUCAUUUUCUAAACUAUAGUACUAUCAUUUGAGAUCUAUUUCCUACAGAAUAUUCAAUAUCAAAGAUACUACCUUAAACAGGGGCCUUAUAAAAUAGGGCAAAUUUUACCACAUUUUAUAGCCUUAGUAUGCAAAGGAGGAACACUAUAAAUGACAAUAUACUUGAAUAAUAGAUGUAGUGUAGAACUAUUGCAAUGUAACCACAUACAUAAGAGAACAAUUAGAGCUGUUAGCAUUGUUGUUCACGUAUGCAAUUACUUUUCAGUUAGUACAAUUGGUAGUGUAUAAAGUUAGAGCAAUUUCUACAUGUCCUGUCAUUCUUGAGUUAUUUUUGCAGAAGGAAUGGUCUUGUUUCUUGUCUUUGUUAAAAGAAAAGUUGAGUUUUCUCCUAUCACAUUUUCUUGACAUAAAUCUCAGAAGAUGUGACAUCAGAAACAGUGCAGGACAAAAUAUGCAGUUUACUUUUUCAGAUGGCUGACGUCGUUGAGGGUUAUCAAGUUUCAGCAUAUUUCUGCCUUGCAUUAAGGAAAUAUAUUAUGAAAACUUCAAUAAGCAGUAGUGUCAACUGUCCAUCGUUAGAUUUAUAUUUGUAGGAUGUGGAAUGCAGUGAAGUUAGUUAAUAUGGCUAGGUGUAUGUGAUCUGUGGGAGCUGUACCAUUAACAUAGGAAAGCCAUUGUUCUUUCUCUGCACCACAACACUGGGUCGUGUUUUUUCUUUGCUAAUGUUGAUAGAAGAUACAAGCACUACUGGUACUGAAAAGCCAAAACACAGGUCACUUUGUUUUUGGCCUUGAUAGAGGAUCUUGAAAGCUGAGCACAAUAUAUUACUAGGGAGAAAAUUGUGAUAUUUUUAUUCUUUGUACUGUGUGGGUAUGUCCAACUACUGAAUGCAAAUGUAAGAACCAGAGAAUCAUACUUUAUCUCUUAUCUAUAUUAUACAGAAGUUUGCAGAGUAUGUACUUUAUAUAUACAUAGAGAGAUAUAUAAAUAAAAUGAUUAUUUUAGCAUUCAAUACCAUUUUAAAUAUAUGAAUCUUUCCUCAGACUUGUUCUUUGCAUUUAAGAUAUCAGUGAUGGAUUUUUCAAUGGAGAUAUCUUUUAAUAUAUUUCUAAUAUAUAGAGCUGCAAUAAAUUAAAUUACAAAUAA